AUGCCAGGACGCUCAUCACUCGACGAAGCACCAAGUGAUCCGGAUGAUAAAGAUCAUGAAGGUUUGAUUGCUGAGGUCGCCGAAGUUGCCGGAGUUCAGGCAAAGUCUCAUGCCAAGAGAAGACAUGCUUUGCUGCAACAAAGUCUGGAGGGGAAGACAUCCAGCCUUAUAGAACAAGCUCUGGCUUACAAAACUGGCAUUCUCUUGGCCAGCAGGCAGAUGAAAAGUGAUGUUACCUCUUGCCCACUCAAUCUCGCGCUGCUCCUCGUCAUGACACAUCCGCACAUGAUGCGUGUCGAAGAACGGGGUGUAGAGUUGAAAGGUUUCGGUCACCGAUGCUAUGUAGAGGAAGAAGGGGGAAAAAAAGACGUUGCUAAACGUAGGAAACGAAAGGAUGCGGGACGGAGAAUGGGACUCGUAAAGCUGGGUGGUAUCGGUGGUGCGCUUGCGCUUCUUCUUGUUGUGCUUAGGAGCAGGGGGCUUGAUGUAGAAAUCGCAUUAACUCUGCUCGCCGUACCACUGGCAAUUGGAGCAAGCUCCGUUGGCCACUCCGGCCAAACUUUUGGUCUCGGCGAAUUUGAGAGGUUUGGAGUAGUUCGCGUGCUUGCCGGAGUACAGCUAGGUCGAAUGCCCGAAUGGAGGCGGGCUUGCGAGCAGCAGCGAGGGAUGAUUAGUUUGUUGCCUGUGCAUGAUAUACGAGAUGACCUUAGUCGAUGGAACUUUGCCAUGCUCAGCAAAGUUCUGAAUGGCACGAUCGAGAAGAGUCAGAUAUUAAGCGGUCGUCUUGGACUGGUCUCCACCGGCUCAUUGUACCACGAACGCGAGGACAGACAACUGUAUCAGAACCUCUUCGGGCAGCAGAACAGAGGUUGA